AAUAUGUUGAUCUGAAAAUCUAAACAAUGCGGCAGCAUAGAAAUCGGAUCUGUGUACAAACAAAAGACCUGACGUGCCGAAAGAUAUUAGACUAUUUCGGCAGUGCAUUGUGCCACACGGCAUUCAGUUCUACAGUUCUGUAGCUCGAGUUGAACGAAACUUGUGUUACGUGGAAGGAUCCGGAGUGAUACGCGUAUAGUUUCAGUGUGUUUCUGAGGAAGAAGAAAAUGUUGGAUGUUCCCGAGAAAAAGGUUCGCGGCCAUCAGCGUGUGCCGUCGGAUACGAAAGAAUUCCAUGAAGCCACCAAACGCGAUGCGCUGAUACGUUUGCGGAAGGAUUUGGAUAAUCUUUUGCAGACGGCGGAAGAUGACCGAAAACCGAUGCUACAGAAAGAAAUGUGUGGCUUUGAGGCGCUGUACCAUCGAUUUCUGCAAGAAGACGGACCGUCAGUGGAAUGGGAUCGUAUCGAGAAGCUGCCACAGGAUGCCGUGAAGGAUUAUUCUAGUCUUAAAACGCCACAAGAGUCGGAAAUUCGGGGAAUGUUGGACAAACUAGUCGUGGUCAAGCUGAAUGGUGGUCUUGGCACAUCAAUGGGUUGCCAUGGACCGAAAAGUGUGAUACCUGUCCGUAAUGAUUUGACAUUCCUCGAUAUGACCGUACAGCAGAUCGAACAUCUGAACAAAACUUACAACGCAAAUGUUCCCCUCGUGUUGAUGAACUCGUUCAACACCGAUGAAGAUACCGAAAAAGUUAUCCGCAAGUACAAGGGAUUUCAGGUCCAAAUUUGCACCUUCAAUCAAAGCUGCUAUCCACGUGUUAGUCGCGAUUCACUGCUGCCAGUUGCCAAAGAUUUUAACAUUGAAAAUGACAUGGAAGCAUGGUAUCCCCCUGGUCACGGAGAUUUCUAUCAAUCGUUCCAAAAUUCAGGAUUGCUCAAGAAGUUCCUCGAUGAAGGUCGAGAGUAUUGUUUCCUCUCCAAUAUUGAUAACUUGGGAGCGACAGUGGACAUCAACAUUCUCAACCGUUUGCUGGGCAAUGAUCGCCAAAGUGACAAGCCCAUCGAGUUCGUUAUGGAAGUGACCGAUAAAACACGUGCUGAUGUGAAGGGUGGUACUCUUAUACACUAUGAGAACAAGCUGCGGCUUCUUGAAAUUGCACAAGUUCCCAAGGAGCACGUGGAUGACUUCAAAUCGGUUAAAACGUUCAAAUUUUUCAACACGAACAACAUUUGGGCGCGUCUGGAAUCGAUCGAACGCGUCCUCAACGCACGCACAAUGAACAUGGAAAUAAUUGUCAACAAUAAAACAUUGGAUAAUGGUAUGCGCGUAAUUCAGCUGGAGACUGCCGUUGGUGCAGCUAUGAAAUGUUUCGACGGAGGAAUCGGCAUUAACGUGCCACGGUCGCGCUUUUUGCCCGUGAAAAAGACAUCAGACUUAUUGCUGGUCAUGUCAAAUUUGUACAGUCUCAAGUAUGGUUCAUUGGUAAUGUCCCCCCAGCGUAUGUUCCCCACCACACCUUUGGUGAAACUGGGUGACAAUCAUUUUAGCAAAGUGAAAGAAUUUUUGGGCCGCUUUGCCAAUGUGCCCGAUCUGAUAGAGCUGGACCAUCUUACCGUUUCUGGGGACGUUACAUUUGGUCGUGGGGUAUCACUGCGUGGUACGGUCAUCAUUAUAGCAAACCAUGGCGAUCGUAUUGAUAUCCCAACGGGUGCAAUCCUUGAGAACAAAAUUGUUUCUGGUAAUAUGCGCAUUUUGGAUCACUAAGCCCAGUGAUGGAUGCGAUUAGUAUCACAUAUACUCAGGAUUUUGGCACACGAAUGCAAAAAAGAAAAUGAGCCGUACACUAUAUCAUCUACAGUUUUUGAGUAGUAAGCAAAAAGUCAGCGUAGCAGGGUUUUAAUUUAUUUAUAAUUUUAUUUUUCGAAUGGGUGUUUUCCAAAUCAAAAGCUAAAGAUUCUAUUAAGUUUUCAGAUAGUAACAAAUCUCGUCCUGACAAUAAGUGUUUUAAUUUGUGUGUCAAUGCUAGGUUUUUAAUGUUGGUUAAUGAAUAAAUACUAAUGUAGCACAA